AGUGCUUACUGUGCUCAGGUUCUGUCUAUCUGUGUCUGAUCGCGAAGUCUGAACACCGUGAACAUGCGAUUAUGAAUUAAAUCGCAUCUCAACAAACGACGAAAAGCGCAGUUUUCUUGGUGAACGGAUAGCAAAGAAAUAUAAUCGAGAAAAACGUGUUACGAUGCGCUUGUCUAUCGUUGAGUUUUUCAAUCCAGCGGCUCGCAAUAGCAUAGUAAUGCACAAAGUGUUUCGCUUGUUGCACAGUUGCCAGGACGACUAACGUGCGUGUUGGUGCGUGUUUAUUCGUCUGUUCCGCCGUGCGUGCGUGCGUGACUGUGAACGCCGCGUACCUGCGGUGUAUUAUGAUAAGAGACCGAUCAUUAUUGGGAAUAUUGGAACGCAAUUCUCGUGUCAAUUUCACAUCGCUCCGAUGCCACGCAACGACGUAAUCUGAAGAAAGUCACCGCGCGCAUCAUGGACUAUCCGGUGUUGGAUCUCUUCGAUCCCUCGGUAGAACCUACGGACCACGUCAACUGCGAAGAGGAACAAGAUCUGCUUUGGGACGAUUGUAAUUAUGUCGUACCUGGAGGUGAAUAUGUACGUGCAACGGAACAGUUUGGAGAGGACUUUUCUGGAGCCGAGUUUCACGAAACUAGAACAUUGCUCGCCGAUGGCGGGGAUAGAUUUGGAGUUUCCACUGCCACUUUCGAUACGAUCGAAGAACUUAUGUGGAUGGGGAAUCAAGGGGGUCACGUAACAUCCUAUUAUGGGCCUGGUUUACAAAAAUAUACCUCUUUUCAAGUCCAUGCAACGCAGGAGAUACGACAAAUUCAUACUGUAGACGAGGGUAUUUUAGUGUUGUCUCAAUGUCAAUUGAGAUGCCAAUUGCGAAGAGGCAUACCUAUAUUUACUCAUACGUCGAUGAAUAUGAACGAUAUGCAAUGUAUGUUACAAAUUUCCCCAGCCAGAUUACUUAUGGGUGGACAUCAGGACAAAAUAAUUGAUUUUAACCUUACUAGAGGAAAAGAGACUGGAUUAAUGGAUGUAGAUGAGAAUGGUUGUGCGAUAUUGAGACAACAUAGUAGGCUUAUAUGUGCUGGAAAUCCUGCGGGAAGAAUAGAUCUCAGGGAUCCAAAUACAUUAUCAAUAGAACAUACUUUGGAUACACACAGUGGUUCCUUAAGUGAUUUCGAUGUUCAAGGAAAUUAUCUUGUUACAUGUGGAUUCAGCAAUAGUCGUCAGGGUCUUACUGUUGAUCGAUUUUUAAUGGCCUAUGAUUUGAGACAAAUGAGAGCAUUAAGUCCAGUCACAACUAUGGUAUAUCCUCUUUUAUUAAAGUUCCUACCAAGUUAUUCCAGUCGGCUCGCGGUGGUAUCGCCACUAGGACAAAUGCAACUACUUGAUACAAUAUAUGCUAAUGUACAACCUUCAGUAACGUGUUUAUAUCAGGUUGCUACUGGCGGUGCGACGAUAUUAUCAUUUGAUGUAGCUCCUACAUCUCAAUGUCUUUGCUUUGGAGAUUUGGCGGGCUCUAUACAUUUAAUGUCCACCAACACCCCGGAACCUCAAUUUAAUACAUUUUCUAGGCCUACGGAAUUUGCCGAUCCAAUUGAGACAAUACCAUCGAUUCCUUUUGAUGACGAUAUUACGCCAUACAGUACAAUACCAAUGGUAUAUUCAGAUCAACCACUUCUAAGUGAUUGGCCUGAAGAAUACUUGAAAAAAGUUUAUAGGAGAACUCCACCAAUAGAUCCUGAAAUCUUACGCACAAUGAAAAUGCAGGGAACAAUAGGAUACGCGCCAAAUCCUCAGGCUUUUCGCAGAAAUCAAAUACCGUACAAUCUGGAAACGGGUACGUCUUCACGACGUGGCUUAGUCGCGAAGCCUUUCGUGGGGGACUCACGGUCUAAAACAGAUGACGGCACCUUUGUAGCCAUACCUAAGCGUUAUCGUAAAAUUGAGUUGAAAUACUCACGGCUUGGUUACGAUGAUUUCGAUUUUGAUCAGUACAAUCGAACCAGCUUUUGCGGCCUGGAGGCUACACUUCCUAACAGUUAUUGCAAUGCUAUGCUGCAGUUGCUUUACUACUGCGAACCUGUAAGGGUAGCAUUGCUCUCACAUUCGUGUCAACGAGAGUUUUGUCUUUCUUGCGAAUUGGGAUUCUUGUUUCACAUGCUGGAUACAUCACGAGGGUUUCCCUGCCAAGCUGCAAAUUUCCUUAGGGCUUUUAGGACAGUACGAGAAGCGUCAGCUUUAGGACUUAUAUUGAACGAUCCAGAAUCGAAGAAAAAGAUCAAUCUGAUAGUGCUCAUACAAAGCUGGAAUAGAUUUAUUCUACAUCAAAUACACUACGAGAUUCUGGAAACUAGGAAGCGACAACAAAAAGAAGAGGAAGCAGCGCGACUUAAAUCAGAUUCCAAAUAUCCUCCAUUUGUUUAUAAUGAACAGGAUUUUCCUAGCAUCCUUGAGGACCUUGGUUCUCGAUAUAGGAGUCACGAUGACGAGAGAAAAAAAAAGAGGAAGCAAGAGGAGGAUGGUAAAUAUAUGUGGAUCACAUCGAAAGACAAGACCACCAAAAAAUCUACCGAAGAGAAUGAAGUGCGAGAUGAUGAAACAGAGAUCAGUCGUCUAUUUGGAUCUGAACAAAUGCACAUACAUCGCUGUCUCAAAUGUGGGCAAGAAGCUACAAAACAUUCUAUCAUGUUACUUUGUAACUUAGUUUAUCCGGAAAUAAUUAAUCCUUCUGAAGAGGUACCGUUCACAAAUGUUCUUGCCCGCAGUUUAAGACCUGAGAAAAUUACACCCGCAUGGUGUGACAAUUGUCAGAAAUUUACACCUACUCUCCAGUCUCGACAAUUGACUAAACUACCUCAAAUACUGGCUCUAAAUUGUGGCUUAGAUACUCAGCAGGACAAAGCGUUUUGGCAAAAUCAAAUGGACAUCGUGGUGCAAAAUGUGUUGACGGGUAAAGAGAGCAGUCCCAACUCGAGUCCUGUGCCUAUUACUGCGAAGCCCUGUCGAUAUGGCAACAAUUGUACGCGAACUGGAUGUCGAUUUAGGCACGUUGGACGCGACUCAGAAACAGAAAAAUUAUUAACGUCGACCUCCACACCAUCUAUCUCAUCGACAGCGCCCGUUACAUCGCCUCCUAGUCAUUUAUAUUACUUGCAUUCAUGGAUACCCCACAACAUAGAAAUCUCCAUUGAAGAAAACGGAGAAAUGGCAAUUAAAAAAAUCAGCGAACCAAGAAGCGAAUUAAAUGAUAUGUUCAUACAGACAAGCAUGAUGGAGAACGGUCAAGAUGACAGAACAGUACAAGUUAUUUCCGAGAACUCUGGGAAUAACGGUGAGGAAAAUAUUGAAAAUUGUUUAACAUCGAAGAUUGGAAAUUGCAGUAUAACAGAAGAUGAAGAAGCUGUGAAAAGUACAAAUCUGGAGAUCUCUUAUAAUACUCAAAGGAUACAGUAUGGUCUCAGUGCUGUCGUCUGUUAUAUCGACGAUAAAAAUAAUGAGGAACGGAGAAAUAUUGUAGCACUGUUACGAGUUGGACCAAAUUAUCAUGAACGAUCGGCAGGCAAUGCCGUAUCGCAAUGGUACAUUUUUAAUGAUUUCUGUAUACAACCAGUGACUCCUCAAGAAGCGGUAUGGUUUAAUCUCGAUUGGAAAGUGCCGUGUGUACUUCAUUAUACAGCGAUACCUGCUCCUGAACCAACACAGUUCGUCAGUCCUCUUACGUAUGAUGUUUUUGGAGAAGAUAAAUGUAUUGCUCGCAGUGGUGGAACUAGAGGAAUUACAUUUACUCCUCUAGCAUCAGAUGAAAUGCCUAAGAAAGGAGAGUUGGUAGGCAUCGAUGCAGAAUUCGUUACUUUAAAUCAGGAAGAAUCCGAAUUACGAAGCGAUGGAAAGAUGUCAACUAUAAAACCGAGCCAUAUGUCGGUCGCGCGAAUCACCUGUAUACGAGGUAGACAAGGUCCUUUGGAAGGUACACCGUUUAUAGAUGAUUAUAUAAGCACUCAGGAACAGGUAGUUGACUAUUUAACAAAAUUCAGUGGAAUCCAACCGGGUGAUUUAGAUGCGAAUUUUAGUAGCAAACAUCUCACAACUCUGAAAUCAACGUAUCAAAAGUUGAGGUUUUUAGUGGACAAUGGUAUAAUUUUUGUGGGACACGGCCUGAAAAACGAUUUUAGAGUAAUAAAUUUGGUAGUGCCGCCGGAACAAAUAGUAGAUACAGUUUUGUUGUUUCAUUUACCUCAUCAUCGUAUGGUGUCGUUACGUUUCUUGACCUGGCACUUUUUGGGUAAAAACAUUCAAUCUGAAACUCACGAUUCAACCGAAGAUGCGCGAGCAGCUUUAGAAUUGUAUCGCAAGUACAAAGAACUAGAAAGUUCUGGCACAUUGACAGAAACAUUGAAAGAACUUUACGAAGUGGGCAGCCAAUUACAAUGGAAAGUAAGAAUGAAAAUUCUUACAUUUUAUAUUACUAAAUAUCAUGUCUGUGGCCGAUAUUCAUAAUUGGUUCGUAUUUCAAAGACUUAAGACGCUAAUGACGGGUCUCUGAUUGAUUACUCGUGAUGAUACCUCAAGACAGAAUUUAAAAUGGUCUUGAAUAUAAGAACUGACUAUGAAUA